UCCCUUGACCCCAACUUUUCCUGUUAUUUUUUUGAAAGAGGAGGAGAGAGAAAGCUAGAGAGAGUGGGGGGUUAAUAAAAAGAGAGAAAGCCAACCUUUUUUGCCUAUUCAACUGUCUCUCCGUGUUCAACUCGCGUUCAAGCCAGCCACAGGUGACGACGACGACGAUUCCCAAUCUUUUUUCUAGAGAGAGAAAGAAAACUUCCAUUUUUAUAUUCAACAACAAAAUUAUUAUAUUAAUUAAGCCAGCGAUAAUAAUAAGGAAAGAAGAAGAACAACAACAUCAUCUUCUUGUUGAUUCAGAGAAAUCCAGAUUCGUCUUCUUCAAUCAAUCUCACUAUUUUGAUUCCAGUUUUCUUUCUUUUUCAAUUAUAAAACGAAGAAUUUAGGGUUUUCAGUGAUUGAUCUUCGAUUUUCCCUAAAUUUGUUUCCUUUUACAACAAAUUCGAUCUUAUACCGAAUUUGAUUAUUUUUUUAGCAACUUUUGGAGAAAAAAAAUCGGAAAUUUGUGAGGUGAAAUUUGCCGCUGUAUGAGAUUGAUUGGUGAAGGGAAUGAUGUUGACCUUAAUCGGUGUGUUGUAGAGUAAUAUGGCCUUGGUUGUUGAUUGCUUAAAACAUGUCGCUUUACAUCGGUCGCGAAGCUUCAAAGCUAUGGAAGAGAUUUUGUGCUGAAAUAUCCAUCGAAUUCAAUCUUCUGUUGGAACAUUGGAAGUACAUUUUAGGAGGACUAGUUUUUCAGUAUAUUCACGGUUUGGCUGCACGAGGCGUUCAUUAUAUACAUCGGCCUGGUCCAACACUUCAGGAUGCGGGUUUCUUUUUUCUUCCUGAACUUGGAAAAGACAAGGCUUACAUUAGCGAGACGGUAUUUUCCUCCAUAUUUUUAGCGUUUGUCUUGUGGACUUUUCAUCCGUUCAUUCUCAAAAGUAAAAGGUUCUACACAGUUCUGGUGUGGUGCAGGGUCCUUUCUUUUCUAGUUGCAUCACAGUUUCUUAGGAUCAUCACAUUCUAUUCUACACAGCUUCCUGGUCCAAACUACCACUGCCGCGAGGGUUCAAAACUUGCUACUCUCGCCCCACCAAACAGUGUAUAUGAGGUCCUUUUGAUGAACUUUCCUCGAGGGGUUCUCUAUGGCUGUGGUGACCUAAUUUUUUCGUCGCAUAUGAUCUUUACACUUGUGUUUAUUAGGACCUAUCAAAAAUAUGGCUCUAAGAGGUUGAUUAAGCAAUUGGGUUGGCUACUUGCUGUGGUCCAGAGCUUAUUGAUCAUCGCCUCUCGCAAACAUUAUACAGUGGAUGUUGUUGUAGCUUGGUAUACGGUCAAUCUGGUUGUGUUCUUUAUUGACAAGAAACUUCCUGAAAUUCCUGAUCGGUCCAAUGUUGGUGCAACUCUGUUGUUACCUGUGAGCAACAAAGAGAAGGAUAGCUGGAACAAGGAAGAAAACCACAAACUCUUGAAUGGAAACUCCGUAGAUCCAAUGGAUAGGAGGCAAAGAAAUGGAAUGAACGGCAAAACUAUGGAGGACGGACUUGCAGUUCAUGGUGAAAAUGCAAUUAACGGUGCAUAGAUGAGGAAUCUGCAACUAAAAUAUGGUUGAAUCAUGUGUCUAGGAAGUUUGAAUGGAUGUUCUUCUGGAUAAAUCUUAAUUUCAAAUAGAAAGAAAUUUUGGUUACUGAGUUUUAAUCAUUUGCCUCGCCUUGUAGAUUCUGUUAUGUAUAAAAAAAAUUCAAUUUUCAAAUUAUUUCAGUCAGUAAGAUCCGUAAAACUCAAUGGCA